CAGUCUGUCAGUUAUCCAAGUGAUUUUCACUUAAACGGUUCAGUUUAACGGUUGUAAAUACGAACUCGAAAAACCAUCGGAAGUUGAAGAAAAUAAGACGUUAAAAAGUGAUCGGUAAACGAAGCUAAUAAAUAAAAUAGGCUUUCACACGCACACACCCAAAAAGGAUCUUCAGCGAUUUAAAAUACAUUUUUUUGCUACAACUCAAAGUGAAGUUCAUCAUCGUCCAUCGUCUCCCAUUGAAAUGUGGCCUGAAAACGUUGGCAUUCUAGCUAUAGAGGUUUUAUUUCCCUCGCAAUAUGUGGAUCAAACCGAAUUGGAGCAAUUCGAUGGAGCCUCAGCGGGCAAAUAUACCAUUGGUCUGGGUCAAUCGAAAAUGGGUUUCUGUUCUGAUCGUGAAGAUGUCAACUCGCUGUGCUUAACCGUCGUCACCCGCCUCAUGGAAAGACACCAAAUCAAAGCCACUGAUAUUGGUCGCCUGGAAGUUGGCACCGAAACCAUUGUGGACAAAUCGAAAUCUGUCAAAUCGGUGUUAAUGCAAUUGUUUGCUGAUAGUGGUAAUACCGAUAUGGAAGGUAUUGAUACCACAAAUGCCUGCUACGGUGGCACUGCUGCCUUAUUUAAUUCCAUAAAUUGGGUGGAGUCAUCCAGUUGGGAUGGCCGCCUUGCAUUGGCUGUGUGUGCUGAUAUAGCCGUUUAUGCAAAGGGUGCUGCUCGGCCCACGGGUGGGGCGGGAGCCAUUGCCAUGUUGGUGGGACCAAAUGCUCCUCUGGUAUUUGAGAGAGGUUUAAGAGCAACACACAUGGAGCAUGCCUAUGAUUUCUAUAAACCCGAUUUAAGCUCAGAAUACCCAACAGUCGAUGGUAAAUUAUCCAUACAAUGUUACCUAUCCGCUCUGGACACCUGCUAUCAAUUGUAUCGUAAGAAAUUCGAAAAACAUAAUCCCCAGGCUGAAAAGCAAGGUUUAGAGAACUUUGAUGCAGUGCUAUUUCAUACACCUUUUUGCAAACUGGUGCAGAAAUCGGUGGCUCGCUUGGUGUUUAAUGACUUCUUGCUGACCACGGACGAAACAAAAAGAGCUGAGAAAUACCCUGCCUUGGAACGUUUCAAUAAGGCUACCUUGGCCAGCACAUACUUUGAUCGUGAUGUCGAAAAAGCCUUUAUGACACAAUUUGCCAAUGUAUUUGAGGAGAAAACCAAAAAGUCCCUGCUAUUGGCCAGUCAAGUGGGCAACAUGUACACACCCUCAGUAUAUUCGGGCCUAGUUUCGUUGCUGGUCAACGAGACUCCGGAAAAUCUGCUGGGCAAACGCAUUGCCGUCUUUUCCUAUGGAUCCGGUUUGGCCGCCUCCAUGUACUCCAUUAAAGUGACCUCAAAUUCCGAUGUCUUCCAGAAAUUCGUAGGAAAAUUAGAUUAUGUUCUGCCCUUGCUGAAUUCACGCGAGAAGGUGGCACCCCAAGUGUUUUCGGAGCUUAUGGAAAUACGCGAGAAGAACAAUCAUGCUGCGCCCUACACACCCACGGGCAGCAUAAGCGCCUUGUUCCCGGGUACCUACUACCUCAAGAGUGUCGACGAAAUGCAUCGGCGCACUUACGAACGCACCCCAACCAUUUCAAAUGGCGUACACUGAAAGUGGCUGGGCGGCAGCAGCAGAAGUGGAUAAAGCAGAACUUUAGCUUUACUUAAAACUACAAUUAAAAAACUUAUGGUACUUUAGUCGAUAAUUAUAAAAUGAAAACUGAACUUUUUUCACACUUAAGAGAAAGAACGAGAGAGAGAGAACUUUAAAAAAGUUUUAUACAAAGAAAUUAAACUACCUACGUUAGCUUAGAUAUUUUGUUGGUUUCUAUAACCCUAUCCCAAUUUUAGUUUACUUUUCUUCAAGUUUUAAACUACUACUACUACUACCAUCAGCUUCAUACACACUAGAACUUAAAUACAUACAAGCAUAUGUACAUACAUACUCUAUACAUUGUAUUUAUUUACAAAAACUAUUUUAUUUAUCUAUUUCUUUUUUUUUCUCUUCAAAUAAAACAAAAUACACAAUUGCUUAAUUAAGAUAAAGAAUUAAACGGAAUGCAACAGCAGCAACAACUUGACAAUAAGAACCCAUGAUGAUGAUGAUGAUGAUAAUGAUAAUUAUGAUUUAUUGAAUGCGAGCCCCCAUUUUAUUUUUGAUUAUUAUCAAAGUGCUUACUGCUUAUUAUUAUAUUUAUUUGUAAAUGCCUAUAAUUUAUUGAAUCAUACAAUAUAUUUAUAGCACUUUUAUGGUGUAUGCAUGUUUUGAUUUAACCUAAGUCAGUUUAUUUCUAUCCCCCGCUAUGCUUUGAUUUAUUUCCUUAGUUUCACUUCCAACAGCGUUGGGAUCAAUUUGAAAAUUAUCAUCGAAUUAGUUUAUUAAUGAAUACAUGUUUGUAUUAUUGAUUUGAUUUUCGGUUAAUUUAUAGAAAAUAUAUAUAUAAUUUUAACAAGAAAUA